UCACGAUUCACCGUGUGCUGUUGGAAGAAGGCACUCUGCUUCUUCUCUGCGUCUUCUUGUCUGCUUCCUUUGUUUUUUUUUAAACCCUCUCUUCACUCCAUCCACCGAUUCCCUUCUCAAAAAAAAAAAAAAAAAAAAAAAAAAAAAAAACACCCAAUUCUUUUUCUCUCUUCUUUGAAGUUUCUAACAAACCCAAAAUCCAAAACAGAAGUACUAACUCGUUCACUCUCUUCAUUGAUUUGGGUUUUUAAUAUAGAUUUUUGGUCUGACAAGAAAAGGGGUCUGUAGUAAAUUGUCUCUCUCUCCUCAGUUUUCAAGUUGGGAGCUUUUUAAUGGGGAAUUGCUUACAUUCUUCAGCCAGAGUUGAUACUACUCGGAGCUCACACACCACAUCUGGUAAGACUGCUUCAGGGGCCUCAAAAAUUGCCAGCAGAAUCAGCAAUUCUUCAACUCCGUCCAGCCUGACAACAUCUUACAGUGAGAGGAACAGUAUUGAAAGUCUUCCAACUCCAAGAUCUGAAGGCGAAAUAUUGUCAUCCCCCAAUGUGAAAGAUUUCUCAUUUAUUGAGUUAAAGAAUGCCACCAGAAACUUCCGCCCUGACAGUCUUCUUGGUGAAGGUGGAUUUGGUUGUGUUUUUAAAGGAUGGAUUGACGAACAUACUCUUACUGCUGCAAAACCUGGAUUUGGUUUGGUCAUUGCUGUCAAGAAGCUUAAACCUGAAGGUUACCAAGGCCACAAGGAGUGGUUGACAGAAGUUAAUUAUCUCGGCCAACUUCAUCAUCCAAAUCUGGUUAAACUUAUUGGGUACUGCUCUGAUGGUGACGACCGUCUUUUGGUCUAUGAGUUCAUGGCCAAGGGGAGCUUGGAGAAUCAUCUGUUUAGAAGAGGGCCCCAGCCACUUUCUUGGGCAACAAGGAUUCAAGUGGCCACUGGUGCUGCUAGAGGUCUCUGUUUUUUGCAUGAUGCUAAAGACCAAGUUAUAUAUCGUGAUUUCAAAGCUUCCAAUAUCCUACUAGACGCGAACUUCAAUUCCAAACUAUCGGAUUUUGGUUUGGCCAAGGCAGGGCCCACCGGUGAUAGAACUCACGUGUCCACUCAAGUAAUGGGUACCCAUGGCUAUGCAGCUCCAGAAUAUGUUGCUACAGGUCGAUUGACAGCAAAAAGUGAUGUGUAUAGCUUCGGGGUUGUUCUGCUGGAACUAUUGUCUGGACGUCGUGCUGUUGAUAAAUCGAGGGUUGGUGUGGAACAGAAUCUUGUGGAUUGGGCAAAACCAUAUUUGGGCGACAAAAGAAAAUUAUUCCGGAUUAUGGAUACCAAGUUGGAGGGCCAAUACCCUCAGAAAGGAGCCUAUGCAGCUGCUACCCUUGCCUUACAAUGUCUAAGCCGUGAGCCUAAAGCCAGGCCACGAAUGGCAGAGGUUUUAGAAACACUAGAGCAGCUCCAACCACCAAAAAAUUCAACCAAACAUGAGCAGCUCCAAACACCAAAAAAAACUGAUCCUGUCCGUAACUCGCCAUUGAGACAGUUCCAAUCACCUAGAAAUCUGACACCCUCUGCAUCCCCAUUGCCAACCCAUCGGCGGUCUUCACGUGUACGUGUAUGAUGAGUUGGUUAACUGAUCAUUAUGUCAGGCAUGCUAGUGUAAAUUCUUUUGCUUCUAUUUUUUGCUGCUCCUAUAUAUAUAUAUUUUUUUAUGGGAAUGUAUUUUGAAAAUUUUGCAUUAUGCAGAACAUAUCAUUAUCGCCUGUAUUUUAUAUAUGUAUCAGGAAUUCAGGAUAGCUUUUUUCCUUGUUGGGUGAUGCAAAUGAUUUGUUUGCUUCAA